AUGGACCCCAACCAACUUACCCCUGUUCCUGGCAACUCUAACAUCCAAUAUGACAGGUUUGGGCAGCCAUAUGUCCAAGAUGUCUCUGGUCAUUGGGUUCAGUUAUACACGCCAACCAUGGUGACUUCUCAGUCUGUCCCUACUGCAACUCAUGGAUUUCCUGCUGUGUCCCAGAAUGAAACUGCCCUGACUCGCCCCCAUAAUAACAUGGAGGAUGGUCCAAACCAACCGCUUUCUGAGGCUCUUGUGAUUGUUACAUCCACUCGAGCCCCGACAGCCGGCCCUUCUACUGCAGUGAUCGAUCCAGCGCUUUUACCUCUUCCUGAGGUCUCGGACGACGACCUCUCUGACCCGGUCACAAUUGCGAAGUCCCGGGGCCAUGCCGCUGCAAAGAAGGUUGCUGGAUCACGUCAGAAGGGCAAGGGCAAACAGCGCGCUGUACUAACCGAGUCUCGCGAUAAGGGAAAGGAGAAGGCCACUGCUCACAAGCACAGGCAUGCCUCGGAUGAUGAAGAAGUUGAGGUAGUAGCCAAGCAUGGCCAUCCCAAGGGUGCUGGCAACUACACUGCAGACGAGGUUGAUGCCCUCCUUGACAAAGUCAAGGAGGAGCUCCCUCUUGGCCAACGCGGGUGGCAGUCCAUCCACUGUGGUUUCACUCGCUGGGCUCAUCAUAACGAUGCUGCUGAACGCACGUUAAAGUCUCUGGAGACCAAGUUCAAACAGCUUGUUAAGACCACAAAGCCCACUGGUGAUGCCUAUUGUCCCCCAGACAUCAAACGAGCACACAAGAUUGACGGGUGUAUCAACAAGAGGGCUGCCACCCGCGAUCUCAACGACUCUGACUUCAAUGAUGCUGCUCAGUUGACUGGUGGAUCUGAAGAUGACAAUGCCGACAACAUCCCAGAGGCGCUGAAGAAAUCGAGGAAGGCGGCAUCCGCUGGCAACCGUGAUAUCCAGAAUGCUAUCAUCCGUUGA